AUGAAGGCCGAAAACCACAGCCAGCUCGACCACAUCGAGGCGACCUCCAGCGCCGUGGACGACCUUCAGAAGCCCGACCUGACCCUGCGCCAUGGCGUUCAGGAGAAGAAUGUCGAGUCGCUGGCUCUCGCCGAUGCCGUCGCCAAAGACAACCCCGACUACAAGUCGAGGUCCCAGGUCAAGCUCUACUGCAUGAUGGCCCUUUGUGUGCUCAAUGGCGUCAUGAACGGCUACGACGGCUCCGUCAUGAGCGCCAUCAACGCCAUGGAACCGUUCCAGGACAGGUUCAAGAUUGGCAAGACGGGCACGCUCAACGGCGCCACCUUCAGCAUCUACACAGUCGGCUCCAUCAUCGGCUCUCUGGGCUGCGGCUACAUUAUGGACCGAUGGGGACGCCGCGCCGGCAUGUUCAUCGGCGCUGCCAAUAUCAUACUGGGCUCCGUCCUCCAAGCUACCAGCAUUGCCUCGUGGUCCUGUUACGCAACCAACUACCUCGAGAACGACUGGUGCUGGCGGAUUCCGUACAUCAUCCAGCUGACGUUCCCCACCGUCGUCUUUUCGCUCGUCUGGUUCCUCCUCCCCGAAAGUCCACGCUGGCUCUGGAGCGUCGGCCAGACCGAGAGGGCCAAGGGCAUCUUGAUCCAGUACCACGGGAACAUGAACCCCGACUCGGCCCUCGUCAAGCUCGAGGUCGAAGAGAUGCAAGACGCGCUCGAGCAUGAGCAGGAAAUCGCUAACAAGAACUGGAACUACAAGGUGCUCGUCAACACGAGGGCGAACCGCCACCGCAUGUGGCUGCUCAUGCUCGUCGCCGUCUUUGCCAACUUUAUCGGCGGCUCCGUCAUUUCGUACUAUCUCCCCGUCAUGGUCGAGGGCAUCGGCAUCACCGACUCGCGACGCCAGCUCCUGCUGAACGGCAUCAACACGAUCCUCUCGUUCAUCGCCGGUCUCUUUGGCUCCUUCUGCGUCGACAAGUUCGGCCGCCGGCCCCUGUUCCUCUGGGGCACCUUCCUGACGGGCCUCGUCUACAUUCCGAUCAACGUGCUGGCGGCCCGGGCCGAGGGCUACGAGGAGGGCCAGAUCCCGAGGGCGCAGUCGUACGCCUUCAUCGCCAUGGUCUUCACCUACGGCAUCUUCUGGGGCUUCUGCUGGACGCCCCUGCAGGCGCUCUACCCGGCCGAGAUCCUGAACAACGAGAUCCGCGCCAAGGGCAUGGGCGUCAAGGGCUUCCUCACCGGCGUCUCGAGCUUCAUCAACACCUUUGGCACCUCGGUCUCGCUCAAGGAGAUUGGCUGGAAGACGUACACCAUCUUCCUGGUCCUGCACUUCAUCCACAACGGCCUCAUGUGGCUGUCGUGUGUCGAGACCAAGGGCCGCACGCUCGAGGAGCUCGACGAGAUCUUCAACGAUCCCCACCCCGUCAAGCGCAGCAAGCAGAAGACGGCCAUCAUCGCCAACCAGGGCGUGGGCAUCCAGAUCAAGGACGAUGCGUAG